CUAUAGUCCCACCCACGUUGUUUGGAGUCUUCUAGAAGUGACAGAGUGACUAGCCGGUCUUUAGCGAUCUGCUUCUUGGUGAUUACAGCCCGAUCGUCCUUCAACCGACCUACACCAUGCUGACCGCAAGUAAAACAGCCGCCCGCCUGCUCUCCUGCGCUUCCCGCAGCAAUACCCGUAAUAUGCUGACAUGUGCCCGGAAGGGGCAAUUUAAUGGUCUCAGUCAAGAUCUCCUUAGGUCAAUGAGUAAACGCGACUAUGCGUCUGAAGCCAUUAAAGGAGCAGUUAUUGGUAUUGAUCUUGGAACAACAAACUCUUGUGUUGCUGUUAUGGAGGGAAAGCAAGCAAAGGUUCUUGAAAACUCUGAAGGUGCUAGAACAACUCCAUCUGUUGUAGCUUUCUCAGCUGAUGGUGAGCGGUUGGUGGGGAUGCCAGCUAAACGCCAGGCAGUCACUAAUCCCAACAACACUUUCUAUGCAACAAAACGUCUUAUUGGCCGGAGAUUUGAUGAUUCUGAGGUUCAAAAAGACACUAAAAACGUUGCCUUCAAAAUUGUACGUGCUUCAAAUGGCGAUGCCUGGUUGGAAGCACAUGGAAAAAUGUAUUCUCCCAGCCAGAUUGGAGCAUUUGUGUUAAUAAAGAUGAAAGAGACUGCAGAAAAUUAUUUGGGACAUUCUGCAAAGAAUGCUGUUAUUACUGUACCAGCUUACUUCAAUGACUCACAGAGACAGGCAACAAAAGAUGCUGGACAGAUUGCUGGUCUAAAUGUUCUUCGAGUCAUUAAUGAGCCUACUGCUGCUGCUCUUGCAUAUGGUUUAGACAAAUCUGAUGAUAAAGUUAUUGCCGUAUAUGACCUUGGAGGUGGAACUUUUGAUAUUUCAGUCUUGGAGAUUCAGAAAGGUGUCUUUGAAGUUAAAUCAACCAAUGGAGACACUUUCUUGGGGGGUGAAGAUUUUGAUCAAGCUUUGCUGCAACACAUUGUAAAGCAAUUUAAAAGAGAGACUGGUGUUGACUUGACCAAAGACAACAUGGCUCUUCAAAGAGUAAGAGAAGCGGCUGAAAAAGCAAAAUGUGAAUUGUCGUCUUCUGUUCAGACUGAUAUUAAUCUGCCAUACCUUACCAUGGAUGCUUCUGGGCCAAAGCAUUUGAACAUGAAGUUGACUCGCUCACAGUUUGAGGGAAUUGUUGCUGAUCUAAUUAAAAGGACAAUUGCGCCAAGCCAGAAAGCUUUGCAAGAUGCGGAAGUCAGUAAAAGUGACAUUGGUGAAGUUCUCCUUGUUGGAGGAAUGACUAGAAUGCCAAAGGUUCAACAAACUGUGCAAGAUUUAUUUGGUCGUACUCCAAGCAAGUCUGUGAAUCCUGAUGAAGCUGUUGCCAUUGGGGCUGCCAUUCAGGGUGGGGUGUUAGCAGGUGAUGUAACUGAUGUCUUGUUGUUGGACGUCACUCCUUUGUCCCUUGGCAUUGAAACACUUGGUGGAGUAUUUACAAAGUUAAUUGGAAGAAACACAACUAUACCAACAAAGAAAAGUCAGGUAUUCUCAACUGCUGCUGAUGGACAGACUCAAGUAGAAAUCAAAGUGUGCCAAGGAGAGAGAGAGAUGGCUAAUGACAACAAACUCCUUGGGCAAUUUACAUUGGUUGGAAUCCCACCAGCACCUCGUGGAGUACCACAAAUUGAAGUCACUUUUGAUAUUGAUGCCAAUGGAAUUGUUCACGUGUCUGCAAAAGACAAAGGAACAGGCCGGGAACAACAAAUCAUUAUACAGUCUUCUGGUGGACUGAGUAAAGAUGACAUUGAGAACAUGGUGAAGAACGCAGAAAAAUAUGCAGAAGAAGACCGAAGGAGAAAAGAAAGUGUUGAAGCUGUAAAUAAUGCUGAAGGCAUUAUUCAUGACACAGAGUCAAAAAUGGAGGAAUUUAAGGAUCAGUUGCCUGCUGAUGAGUGCAACAAGCUCAAGGAAGAAAUUGCCAAAAUGAAAGAACUCUUAGCACGUAAAGAUACAGAAACUGGAGAAAACAUCAGACAAGCUGCAUCAUCCCUUCAGCAGGCGUCACUGAAACUCUUUGAAAUGGCAUACAAAAAGAUGGCUUCAGAAAGAGACAGCUCUGGAAGUGAACAACAAAAGCCAGACCAGAAAGAAGAAAAACAGUAGUGACUAAUAUUUUAGAAUAAGAAUAGCUUGGGAGCAAAUCUCUAUUCAUAUGCCCUGAGCAUAAAUAAGCAAAAGUAAAUCUUAUACUGUGUUUUGGCAGUACUCUUUAUGUAAUUUCUUUGUGCUCAUUUAUGUAUGUGCAGUUAGUCGACUUUUUUUAAUACAGUUCUUUGCCCUUUUUUCCCAUAAAGUGUUUCUGUUCUACUUAAAGCCCACGCUUUUUUUUUUUUUCUUUUUUUCUUUUUCUACAUUAUGGUUUUACCCUACAAUUCAUCACAUUGUAAACUGGUUGCUUAAUUAAGAGUAAUGCCUCAUAUUUGAGGUUCUGUGUGAUUUCAAAGUUCAGAAUAAUAUAAAGUUAACACUGGCAAAAUUCCCAUAAAA